AUGACAUUGUGCAGCGAUGAUGAACAUGAUUUAAAAGAAGUUCUUAUGUAUAUGAAACAGCAGCUCGUUAGUGGAGAAACAAAUCUUCGAACAUUAGGAAAAAUAUUAUGGGAGAUGGGAAAAUUAGAUUUAGCUAAACAAUAUUUCACUCGUCUAUUAAAAGAACUUUCACCAAACGAUCCUUUACUUGGUACUUUGUAUGACGAUCUUGGCAAACUAGCAUCGCAGAUCGGUGACUUUAAUACUAGUAUCCAGUGGUAUCAGCAAUCAGCCUCAUUCAAAAGCCAAAAUCAAUUAACUUCAACUUCCAGUAUUAAAGAAGCAAGCAAUCCGAUUGGUAAGUUUACCGAAAGAAAGCCUAUUGAAUUGAAAUGUGAAUACUAUGCAACAACUAACAUAUUAUUAGAAAAAAGGCAAUUAAAAAACCCAGAGAGGAGAAGUUUAUGAAAAGCCAUUAUCAAUUCCAUAAAAAAAUCCUUGUUUUGACUUAUUAAAAUCCAAUUCAGAUAUCCGAAAUAGUAGGCGAUUAAAAUUAAACCAACAGAAGUGUUUACUAUCAUCUACUCUAAUUUUAAUUCUUAUCUUCUCCUACGAUUGUCUUGAGACAUUUUUUUAUGAUAACACUGACAUUGAUUUUCUCCUUUCUUUAUUUCUAUAUCAUGACAAUAAUGUUGAGCGAAUCAAAGAUAUUAUUAUAUAAGAGUCAGCUAUUUAAGUUAAUAUGAAUAUGUGUCACUUUUUUAUUGAAUCUGAAAAUAAAUACUAAGCAUAAUGAUUAUAGUCAAUGUAUUCUAAAUGUUUCUAAUGAGUGAUGCAUAAAAAUAUUGUUUAUAAGUCAAUACUCAUACGUGUUCAAAGAAUGUUGAAAUGAUAGCUAGCAUGAUCCUUAAUACUUGUAACAUCAUCUACCUCUGUUCCCUCACAUCUGUUGAGUAAUAAUGACCAAGAUGUUCAAUCUCAUAUGCUUUUAUUAAUAUUAUAUUAA